AUGGAUAAUGGUACACAGUUCACCGACUCAACCUUCAGAAGCUUGGUAGCCAGUAUGAAGAUAAAACACCAGUUCACCUCAGGGGAAUAUCCACAAGCAAACGGACAAGUCGAUGCGGCCAACAAAGUUAUACUAGCAGGAUUGAAGAAAAGGUUGCAAGAGGCAAAGGGAGAUUGGGCUAAAGAGCUUCCCCAAGUAUUAUGGGCUUAUCGGACGACGCCCCAAUCGGCCACUAGAAAAACACCCUUCCGACUUGCCUAUGGCGUGGAAGCCAUGAUACCAGUAGAAAUCGACGAGCAAAGCCCAAGGGUGAUCUUCCAUGAUGAGGUCGGGAACGUACAGGGCACAAAGAGGAACUUGAACUACUCCCUGAAAUUCGAGAACAAGCCCAAAUAA